AGACCAGAACAACUUAUGUGCUCUAGCGUGAACCUCAGAGAAUUCCGUUUUGCUCAGACUAUGAUUUUCACGAUUGAGGAAAUCAACAGAAGUGGAACUCUGCUUCCAAAUGUCACCAUCGGUUAUAGGAUCUAUGACAACUGUGGUUCAACUCUGUCAUCUAUGAGGGCUGCCAUGGCUCUAAUGAAUGGCCAUGGACUCAUAGCAGAGGAAUCGUGUACGGGACAAUCAGCUGUCCAUGCUAUUAUAGGAGAAUCAGAGUCCUCCUCAACUAUUGUGCUUUCCAGAACAACCGGACCCUUCAAAAUACCUGUGAUCAGCCACUCUGCUACGUGUGAGUGUCUAAGCAGUAGAAAAGAGUUUCCCUCCUUCUUCAGAACCAUAGCCAGCGACUACUACCAAAGCAGGGCCCUGGCUCAGCUGGUCAAACACUUUGGCUGGACCUGGGUGGGCGCAGUGAACAGUGACAGUGACUACGGCAACAAUGGGAUGGCAAUAUUUCUGGACGCUGCAGAGGAGGAGGGCAUAUGCGUGGAAUACUCAGAAAAAUUUCACAGAACAGAGCCUAAUAAAUUGCUAAAGGUUGUGGAUGUUAUCAGAGCGGGAACUGCCAAAGUGAUAGUAGCAUUUCUAGCCCAUGUUGAGAUGAAUAAUCUGCUGGAACAGCUCACUCUCCAAAACAUAACCGGGUUACAAAUGAUUGGUGUUGAGGCCUGGAUUACGGCUGACAGUCUGAUUACCCCAACAAGCUUCAGCGUUUUGGGUGGGUCACUUGGCUUCGCGGUGGGGAAAGCCAACAUAAGUGGCUUUAAUGAUUUUGUGAUAAAACAGUUUUGGGAAACGUCUUUCCAGUGUCACAAGAAUAACAGAUCAGGAGAUGAGAAUCUGUGCAGUAAACAUCAAGACCUUAUUGAGUGGAGGCACUAUAAUGAGGAUGUACCAGAACUUAGAUAUUCAAGCAACAUCUAUAAAGCCAUUUAUGCUAUAGCACAUUCUCUGCACAGCCUUCUACAAUGCAAGGCCCAUGUUGGAUGUGACAAAGAAUUGCAAACCGAGCCUUGGAAGGUGGUUGAGUCUCUGAAAAGAGUAAAUUUCACUAUAAAGACCAAGGAGCAGGUGUGGUUUGACAGUACAGGUGCGGCCGUAGCCAGGUAUGAAGUGGUGAACUGGCAUCAAGGGCCAGAUGGAACAGUGCAAUUUAAGCCUGUGGGCUACUAUGAUGCCUCACUGCCAGCAGGACGUCGCUUUGUCCUCAGUGAGGACACUGUAGUGUGGCCUGGGGGUUCAAAGCAGAGGCCUGUGUCUGUCUGCAGUGAGAGCUGUCCUCCAGGCACCAGGAAGGCUGUACAGAAAGGCAGGCCUGUCUGCUGCUAUGACUGUAUACCAUGUGGAGAAGGAGAGAUCAGCAAUGAAACAGAUUCUAAUAACUGCGAACUGUGCCCAGGACAAUACUGGCCAAAUCCUGGCAGAGAUAAAUGUGUAUUAAAAGCUCUCGAGUUUCUCUUAUUCACAGAGGUUAUGGGAAUAGUCUUAGUAUUUUUUUCAUUGUUUGGUGUCUUUUUAACUGUAAUCACAGCCAUUAUUUUUAUGUUAAAGAUGGAUACACCUAUUGUUAGAGCCAACAACUCAGAGCUGAGUUUCCUGCUGCUCUUCUCACUGACUCUGUGUUUCCUUUGCUCUCUUACUUUCAUUGGUCGGCCCUCUGAGUGGUCCUGUAUGUUGCGUCACACAGCGUUUGGGAUCACCUUUGUUCUCUGCAUCUCCUGUGUUCUGGGGAAAACAAUAGUGGUGUUAAUGGCCUUCAGAGCCACUCUUCCAGGCAGUAAUGUCAUGAAGUGGUUUGGGCCUCUGCAACAGAGACUCAGUGUUCUUGGCUUCACUCUCAUACAAGUGCUUAUAUGUGUCCUGUGGUUAACUAUAUCCCCUCCAUUCCCAUAUCAGAAUAUGAACCUUUUCAAAGACAAAAUCGUUCUUGAAUGUGAUGUGGGUUCAGCUAUAGGAUUCUGGGCAAUAUUAGGCUAUAUUGGACUCCUUGCACUCUUGUGUUUCAUACUGGCUUUUCUAGCUCGUAAACUGCCUGAUAACUUUAAUGAGGCCAAAUUCAUCACAUUUAGUAUGUUGAUAUUCUGUGCAGUCUGGAUCACUUUCAUUCCUGCUUAUGUCAGCUCUCCUGGGAAAUUUACUGUAGCUGUGGAGAUAUUUGCUAUUUUGGCAUCUAGUUUUGGUUUAUUGUUUUGUAUAUUUGCUCCAAAGUGUUAUAUUAUUCUAGUACGGCCUGAAUUAAACACAAAGAAGCAUAUGAUGGGUAAAAUGCCUUCUAAGUCUCUGUAG